AUGGGAGCUCUUGAUUACCUCUCCAACUUUUGCACUGUCACCAGCACAAGAAGCAAACGAAAACCAAUGCAGACAGUUGAGAUCAAGGUGAAGAUGGACUGUGAUGGCUGUGAAAGGAGAGUCAAGAAUGCUGUCAACUCCAUGAAAGGUGUAAAGACAGUGGAAGUGAACAGAAAACAGAGCAGGGUGGUAGUUAGCGGAUAUGUUGAUCCGAACAAAGUGUUAAAGAGAGUGAAAAGCACAGGGAAGAGAGCUGAAUUUUGGCCAUAUAUUCCUCAGCAUCUGGUUUACUAUCCUUACGUUUCUGGUGCCUAUGACAAGAGGGCACCGGCUGGCUUUGUUCGCAAUGUUGUGCAAGCUUAUCCAGCAUCAACUGCACCUGAAGACAACAUUGCGUCUCUCUUUAGUGAUGAUAACGUCAAUGCUUGUUCCAUCAUGUAA